CUUUGUCCGAGCCUUUUAGAAAAAAGUUAAUCUCUUUUAGACAUAUCGAGAUCUCCUGCAACCACAAACUCUCGUUUGAGUAACGUGACUCACUCAAAGACAUUUUCUUCUAUAAAUAGAACGAGAGAAACCCACUUUAAACUCCAAACCAAAUAUCUUCUUCUUCUUUCUAUAACUUAGUGAGACAAUGAAGGGUUCUUGCACAAAACCAGUGUUUUUCACUUGUACAAUCCUUCUCAUUUUAAUUGUUGCCCAAGAAAACAGAGUCGCUGCAGUAGAUCCAUGUAAUCCUGCGCAGCUGAGUCCAUGCUUGGAGACCAUAAUGAAAGGGUCUGAGCCAUCGGAUCUGUGUUGCAGCAAGGUGAAGGAGCAACAGCAUUGUAUCUGCCAGUACUUGAAGAACCCUAACUUCAAAUCUUUCCUUAACUCCCCAAACGCCAAAAUAAUCGCCACUGAUUGUCAUUGUCCGUAUCCGAAAUGCUAGUCCCAGUAUUUCGUUCUAGUUUUCGAUGUUCUGUUUCUUGCUUUCAAGACCAAAAAAGGUGUUCUGUUCUGUUCGCUCAUCAUCGAUGGUUUUUCUACUUCAAGUUUCUUACUUUUGAGUUUGGCUUUCCAUUAAUGUGUUUGUCGUCAAGGAAUAAAUCUUGAUCAUCACAUAUUCACAUUGAUAUGUUUUUAAGAAAUUUCGGAUAAUUCGACUAACAUAAGCUACUUAAAAGUUAAAAGUUCCAAUUUCAAGGAUAUCACUACAAAAUAAGUCUCUAAAUUU